AUGGAGGGGCCUCGUAGCAUCAGCAUCAUCCUCCGCCCGCCCGCCUGCCUUACACCAAUAGUCGCCCCUCAUCAUGUAAAAUAUUUGGAUGACAGCACAGCCCCGUGUCGGGAAUUUCAACCGGACCGGCCAACCGAGAAAGCCGCUCAGACUGGAGGACGGCUUCUGACCCCAGAGCCAACCCCUGGAGUCGAAGAUGGGAGGGUCGCUGCAGAUCUGGCCAGAAAGGCAGCAGAGACACGCCAUGAAGAAACACCAGCGUCGCCAGCCCAGCCAGCUACUGGCACAGAUGCAACGGAGAUUAAGUCGGAUAAUGCGCGGCAGGAAAUUGAACGGAUACUGCUCUGCGCUGAUAAUUCCUAUGCUGAGAUUCUGGCAGUGAGCUCAGACCCAACGGAGGAAGAAGUCGUAACUGCUUGGAAACGGCUUGGAUGCAUGUUGCACCCGCAUUAUUGCCUUCAUAAUGAUUCCAAGGCGGUCUAUAAGAAAGUCCGACGGGCGGCAGGGCAGAUGGGCGUAGAUCAAACAUUCAUCGAUGAGGUCAAUCUUUGGGACGGUAAAGAGGUCCUCACGGCGAGUCAGCUUGAUGGAACCAGCGAGGAUAUUCAGAGGCGAUCGUACGGUCAACGCACCGCUGGGAAUGGUUACAAUCCUCACCCUUCGUCGGGCAAGAGGCAACACGCGGGAGAAGGGUUGGCGAUUGCACAGAUGCAAGGUCUGUGCCGGCUCGCAAGCGCCGCAAAUCUGUAG